UGACGUCACGGUAACAUCCGGGACUUUACGCAGCCUCUGGUUUGCGCAUGCGCAGUUCAUCGGUGUCCGACCUCUGCCAUUGAAAUUCCGGGCCGCUUAAAAUCACUCAAACCUCAAAAUGUUCACCUGCGCAAAGUUCGUCUCCACGCCUGCAUUGGUGCGUGCAGGCUCCAGGGCCCUUUACAGGCCAGUGUCUGCUGCUGUACUGUCCAGACCAGAGGUCAAAGCAGAGGUCAGUGCUGCUGUCCUUCCUCAGUCGCCCUUCACUCAGGUGGUCCUCAGAAACUUUCAGACCAGUGCUGUCAGUCGUGACAUUGACACUGCUGCUAAGUUCAUCGGAGCGGGAGCUGCUACUGUGGGAGUGGCUGGAUCCGGUGCUGGAAUUGGAACAGUGUUUGGAAGCCUUAUCAUCGGAUAUGCCAGGAACCCCUCUCUGAAGCAGCAGCUCUUCUCUUAUGCUAUCCUGGGAUUUGCUCUGUCUGAAGCUAUGGGACUCUUCUGUUUGAUGGUUGCUUUCUUGAUCCUGUUCGCUAUGUAAAAAUCUGCUAGUUUUUUUGACAUGCCUAUAUUGCUGUUGCAGCCAAAAUGUCUGCUGAGAAAAAUGUCUAAAUAUGAAGUCCACUCUGUGAAAAACCAUUUAACAAUUACAAAUUGUUUAACUAUUUAAACCUUAAAUCAUGUUUAUGCCCACUGUAUAACAACGGCAACAGCUAAUGGAAUCAGCCUGAAAUUUAGCCUGGAUCUAAAGACAUUGAGCACUUUCUGGACAUCCAUCCAAAUUGGGAAGAUUUAGUGUUGUAUGUGUGUAGACUACAUGGGUCCACUCAGAUGUUUCAGGAGUUGAACUGCUGGUCCAUAGUAUGACUGUACAUUUAUAGCAAUUGAUGAAUUGCUUUUGUAAAUUGCAUUAAAGAACAUUUAAAUCUCA